AUUGUUAGUUCUUGAUAGAGUACCUCUGGCAACGACUGGUAAUAACGCCAAAGUCCUGCAUUGAAAAGCGGUAAUAGAGUGCUGUAUUUGAAGACAAUUUUUUUUGGUAGAAUUUGACUCGGUAUUUCUCGUAAUAUCAUAAUUUUGAAAUGGCAAGUGACGGGCAACAGUAUAACGAACAAAAUUUUGCCGAAGACCAGCAGUAUUCAGAGUACAAUGAGCAGAAUUACAGCGAGCAAAUGGAGCAAGGAGGUGAAUCCGGUGAACAAAAUCAAGAAGUUAAUGGUACAGCUAAUGAUCCAGUGCCGCCCAAAUCACCAUCUGAUGAAGACAGGAAGCUUUUUAUUGGUGGUAUAAGUUGGGAUACUGAUCAGAAGGAUCUGAAAGAGUAUUUUUCAAAAUUUGGUGAAGUUACUGAUGUCACUAUUAAAACUGACCCUACAACUGGAAAAUCUAGAGGCUUUGGAUUCAUUACAUUCGCAGUUGAAGAGACAGUAGACAAUGUAUUGAGAAAUGUGCCACAUACAAUAAAAGGAAAACAGAUUGAUCCUAAAAGGGCUAAGGCCAGGCCAGGAAUUAAAAAGAUCUUUGUUGGUGGGUUAGAUAUUGACUACCCAGAAGCUGAUAUAAAAGCAUAUUUUGAAAAAUAUGGAAAGGUUGAAACUGUUGAAUUGCCAUUUGACAAGGUGAAAAACCAGAGAAGGCAGUUCUGUUUUGUCACCUUUGAAACGGAAGAAGCUUGUGAAAAUUCAUGCAAGCAAGCUAAGCAGAAAAUUGGUAAUAAAGAAUGCGAUGUCAAGAAGGCUACUAACAAACCUGACCCAAGAAUGGGUGGUGGACGGGGAGGUCCUGCUGCUGCAUGGGGUGCUGCCUUCCCAGCACGUGGUGCUGCUGCUCGUGGUAGAGGUGCAAGAGGCAGAGGAGGGCCUGGAUUUUCUCAACCUCAAGGAUGGAGUGCUCCUGGUGGUUAUGCAGGAGGAUAUGGUGGACAAGGUUAUGGUUAUGGUGGACAAGGCUAUGGCAGUGGUUAUGGAAAUUACGGAAACUACGAUUAUGGAUACAGUGGUGGUUAUGGUAGUGGAUAUGGCAACUAUGAUUAUAGUGGCUGGAACUAUAACCAGAGUGGUGGAUAUGGUGGAGCUGGUUAUGGUCAGCAGCCAAGUAGUUACGGCAAAACUCCAAGACGUGGUGCUGCUACUGGAACUGCUACUAGUGCUUACCAUCCUUAUAGUCGUUAAGGAGCAUUUUUUAUUUAAUCAUCUUUCAUCAUGUCUCUUCAUGUUUUGUACAUAGAUUUGGCUUUCUUCAUUGAAUAAACUUUUAUUACUAGGAGA